CACAGUGUAUAAAUACGCCGGGUUGUCAAACAGUAAAGUUUCUCUGGAUCCUGUGUGUGCAAAGUGUUGGCUUGAGACUUGAGCUGUGAGAGAGCCGGAGCUACGUUUUAAAUAGAGGAGAAAUAACGACAUAGAGGUGAAACAAGUGUCUAAAGGGAAGAGCUGUGACAACACAAGGAUUUUAAAGGAUAAACGCAGGGGUGGAGAGAAAGAAGCAAGGGGAUUGUUAACAGAAAGCUGUGACAUCGCAUAACCGUCUGCAAAAAGCUGCCUUUACCAUGGAGACGCCAAAAGAAUCAUACACUUUACAGUAAGCCAGAGGAAAAACACCUUGUUACAGUUGCAUUGCCUGACUUUCUGCACCACUAUUUUAAACAUAAGAAGGCGGUAACCCUGCACAGCCAUGCAUCUAGAAGUGAAGGUUGCCCUCAACUUUAUUGUGUCCUACCUGUACAACAAGCUGCCUCGGCGUCGAGCUGACCUGUUUGGUGAGGAGCUGGAGAGGAUACUGGUGUCUCGUUUUGAGGGUCACUGGUACCCUGAAGCCCCACUCCGGGGUUCUGCUUUUCGCUGCAUCCACCUGGGAGCACCGAGGGACCCCGUGGUUGAGUUGGCCGCCAAGAGGAGUGGACUGGACACCGAAGAGGUCCGUGCAAAUGUUCCUGCAGAGCUCAGUGUGUGGAUCGACCCUUAUGAGGUGUCUUACCAGAUCGGAGAGAAAGGGGCCGUAAAGGUGCUCUACCUGGAGGACCCUCCAGGCCUCAGCUGUGACAGUGAGAGGGCUGAGGCAGUGAUAAGAGAGGGCAACGGAGAUACAGAGGUGGAAGAAGCCAAGAAUUUGGGCUUCAACCCAGAUGCUCAGGUGUUUGUGCCAAUCGGAAGUCAAGCGUCUCCCGCUCUCAUGCCAUCACACUCCAGCUCUCCCACACCUCUAUCUGCCCAAUCAUGCUCCGGGCUCUUUAGCUACCCCAGCUCGACCACGCCCCCUGACCCUGCUGCCCACUCCUCCAACACCUCCACCCCUUCCCCUCCAAGCGGCGGGCUGCCCUACCUCUCUGCUCAGCACCCUCCCACUGCUCUCCCCAGUGCUCGACCUCAACCCAUCACUUUCACCACCGCCAGCUUUGCCGCCACUAAAUUCGGCUCAACCAAGAUGAAGAAGUGCAGUGGCACAGGGUCACCAGCCAGCUCUGGAGUUGUCAUACCAUCUACCCAGAGGGUUAUGUCCCGCUCUCCUACCAACAUCUCAACACCAGAGCUACUCAAGCACAAGCCGCUUUCUCUCUCUUUGCACUCCCUCGGUGGUCCCAUCCCCAGCCAGCUCUCUCCCAACGCCAAAGAAUUUGUCUACCCAGGAUCCCCAGGCCCCCUUUACUUCGAAGCUGACGCUCAGCCCAUGCAACCUCAUACCAGCCCUUUCCAGCCCCCCCACACUGUCAACACCCAUCCGUCUUUUGACCCCUUCUCCAGCCCACCUCCAGCCCCGGGUGUAGGCAUCAUCAGCAGCAAUGGCGGGAUCUCUUACAUGGAGAAGCCACCAUUUGUGGAGGGUUUAGGAAGCUACAACCUGCAAUAUCCCAGCCAGUCCUUCCAGCCCGUUGUGCUGGCCAACUAAGCCUUCAUUUGUAAUGAGAAGAGUCGUUAUUGGAGGAGUCGGGUGUGAGCACAGUGAUGCUCCUGAUGUGUGAUUUUUUUUCUAAGACAUUGUUCUAAUACUAAUACAAGUUAAGAGUUUGUUUUACUACGAAGAUUAAAAAAAACAAAAAAAACAGCAACCCACAUUCACUGAAUAUUUCAUGUGAUUUGUUUUGUUUCUCCUCAACCGCCGACCCCACCCUGCCCCCAUUGUCCAUUGCUGUUCGUCAUGUCCCGUGUGUUGGCUUUGAAGGUGUGGGUGGGGUUGAGUUCCAAGUCUUUUUCAGUCUCUAAUGUUUAUUGUUUUGCAUUGAAUGUUAAUGUGGGAGACUUUUUUUUU